AUGCAAGCACUCCCACCCAUUUCUGAGAACAGUGUAGGCAGUCUGAUAACUCACAGGCUUCAAGCUGCCCUUAUAAAGUUGUUCCACUUUUGCAUACUUCCUCAUACUGCUCGAUUCUCAGUGAAGAUGAAGCUCCUCGUUUUCACAGUCUUGCUGAAGACAACUCUCCUUGCUUUCACAAAUGUCUCUGCAGUUGUUUUAGAAGAUGAAGAGAAUGCUAAAGAAGCAAAAGUUACAGAGACUUGUCCUAUAAAGCUCAAAACUAAUCGGAAAUGUGAUGAAGGAGAGGAUUGUCCUUAUCAGAUAAAUCUGCCUCCGAUGACCAUCCAGUUACCCAAAGAAUUCAGACUGCUUGAGAAGACUCUCAAAGAAGUACAGAACCUUAAAGAAGCAGUAAACAAGCUGAAGAAAUGCUGCCAAGAUUGCAAGCUGCAGGCAGAUGACAACCAAGAAAGAGACAGUAGUAAUGAAUUCCUGCUACCUAAUGCAGAAACUCCAGCAGCAAACAGUGAAAUCCCAGAUAACAGAGUAAAGGAACUGCAAAGCAAAGUUAACAGAAUGGCAACCAGCUUAAAAAAUGCAAAGAGUCAGAUUCAGACACUGCAGGGUCGUUUAGAGAGAUUGAGCCUCAUAAAUAUGAACAAUGUAGAACAUUAUGUUGACAGUAAGGUUGCAAAUUUAACGUUUGCUGUGAACAACCUGGAUAACAAAUGUUCUUCUAAGUGUCCAGCAAUGCAAUCAAGACCUGUUAUACAAAUAAUGCAGAGAGACUGUGCUGACCAUUACACAGCAGGUAAAAGGAGUAAUGGAAUCUACAGGAUUAGUCCUGACCCCAGAAAUGAGAGCUUUGAAGUUUACUGCGACAUGCAAACAAAUGGAGGUGGCUGGACAGUGCUGCAGCGGCGUCAGGAUGGCAGCACUAACUUCAACAGAACCUGGAAUGACUACAAAAAUGGCUUUGGAAACCUCAGCAGGGAGUUUUGGCUGGGGAAUGACAGAAUUCACCUCCUGACAAAGAGCCAAGAAAUGCAACUGCGAAUUGAUCUCGAAGACUUCAAUGGAAUCAGAGAGUAUGCGAAAUACGAACACUUCUACGUGGCCAACGAGUACCUGAAGUACCGCCUAAGCGUUCACGGCUACAGCGGCACAGCAGGAGACGCCCUUCACUACAGCAAACAUUACAACCAUGACCAAAAGUUCUUUACAACUCCAGACAAGGACAACGACAGGUAUCCUUCAGGAAACUGCGGCGCCUACUACAGCUCUGGCUGGUGGUUUGAUGCCUGCUUGUCAGCCAACCUCAAUGGCAAGUACUACCACAAGAAAUACAAAGGUGUUCGCAACGGCAUCUUCUGGGGUACAUGGCAUGGUAUUUCUGAUGAUAUUCCCACUGGAUAUAGGCAAGCCUUUAAAUCAGUAAAAAUCAUGAUCAGACCCAAAAGUUUUGUCUAAUGAUUUUUGUGCAGUUACAUUUCUCUUAACUAGUUUGCAUUGGAUUGCACUCAACAUCGUACUUACUCAGUAUUAUACUCAGAAUUCAAGUAUUCAGUUAUGUUUGGCAUAAAAUUGUUCUAGACAAAGCAACAUACUUCCACAUAACUUUUUAGAGACAGUUUGACCCAUAUAAUAUAUUAAAACCAGCAUGAAAGUAUCUGAAUAGUUAUUGCUAAAAUUUAACACCAGAUAAGUCUUGGUAUCAUUAUGUAAAUAUUCUAAACAUUGCUUUUGGUGCUUUUACUGACUGUGAUAUAUCACAUUCUAUGAUUUAAAACUUUUCAAUGGUCUUCCACAUAUUGUGUCUGAAUGAAUACCUACAUUUUAACCCAAUUUAACACAAUUCAUAGGUAUAAUUAAUAACAUAUAAAUUUGUCAACGCUUAGAAUAAAAACCAGUGUCUCUGGAGCAGCCUUUUUCUAUCAUCUAUCCUUUACAACUUCAAAGGUAUACCAUGGCAAUAUCAAUAUAAAUUAGGAAAAGUACUACAAAUUAUUAUUUUUAAAGGACUAGAAAAAUAGAGGGCCACAUAGUUUGCCCAAAUACAUGAAAAAAGACUUGGAGAAAACUUAGAAAAUGAAGAUGAUUCCUCAAAUCUCAUCCUCUUUAUCAAAGCUUUUUCAAAGAAGUUGGUGGAAGAAUUGAAUAAAAGCAGUGGAAAUAACUAUAGAAUCACCGAAUCGUUUAAUUUGGAAAAGAUCUUUAAGAUCAUCAAGUUCAACUGUUAAUAUAGAACUGCCAAGUCCACCACUAAACCCUGUCCCCAACCCCAAGUGCCACAUCUACACAUGUAGCGAGCACGUAAUGAACGACAACAUUCUUGCUCUUUUUGGUUCCUCCAUUCAAGCUCAAGGCCCUACUUGUUGCUUGUGUGAGGAAGGAGCUAUUGUGUAGCUUACUGCACAUUUAUAUAGGCAGGUAGACAGGUAAGAGAAAGACACAUCAAGAAGAAUCCAUGUCUUUGCAUUAAUGCCUCUAAAUACAUACUAAGUUUCCAGAGCCAUUUUGCUUUCUCCUGAAUCUUUUAGGUAAGCCAAAUGUUACAAGAUGCUCUUGUAGAGACUCAAGCUUUCAUCCUAAUACUUCUCAAUCUAAGUAUCAUUAGGCCCUAAAAUUACAAGAAAUAUUAUAAAUGUUUUGAAAUAUAUAAAAAGACUGUUCUCCCCAUUUCUAGACUACCCCUUUCGUAGCCACAGAAACAUAAAAACCCACUGGCAAUUCUAAGGAAAAAAGAGAAUAUGCAAGGUAAGACUUUUUUUCUAAAAUGUAACAAACGAAAAAAUCAAAUUGUCAAAUACUUCAGGAAUUGCCAUUUAGGGAUACUGUUAUUAAAGCUCACACUGUAGAUAGUGAGCACAAAUUUGACUGUGUAUCUGGGCCAUGUCUCUACAAAUAUAGUGAUCAACAUUCUGAGUGGAGAUGCAAUUUAUCUUAGCAAGAGGCUAUUCCACCAUCUUGCUUAAACAAAUCUUGAGACGCAGAAAAACUACACUAAAACUAUUUCUUUACUAGUUAAAGUGUGGUCAUUGCUGGUAUAGACUUUUUGUUUAAAAGAGACA